GACCAAUAAAAAACAUCCUUAAAAAAAAACAAAACACUAAGAAUGUCUUCGAAGCAGGACGAGGUUGUCGUGUUGGACUUCUGGGUGAGCCCAUUUUGCAUGAGGGUGAAGAUUGCGUUGGAAGAGAAAGGCGUUGUGGGUUAUGAGUUGAAGGAGGAAAACUUGCUUAGUGGGAAGAGUGAUCUUCUCUUGAAAUCCAACCCUAUUUACCAAAAAGUCCCUGUGUUAUUGCACAAUGGGAACCCCAUUGUUGAGUCCACCAAUAUUGUUUACUACAUUGAUGAGGCUUGGCCCUCCUCCCCUUCUUUGCUCCCUUCUUGCGCCUAUGGCCGGGCCCGGGCUCGGUUUUGGGCCGACUUCGUUGAGAAAAAGGUAUUUGAUGCUGGUGCUGCAAUAUGGGGAGGCAAAGGGGGAGAGAUAGAGGCUGCCAAGAAUGAAUUCAUAGAGGUCAUAAAGAAGCUGGAGGGAGCUCUAGGGGAGAAGGAUUACUAUGGCGGCGACACGUUUGGGUUCGUGGACGUCAUCGCCAUCCCCCUGACAUCCUGGUUCCCAACCUACGAGAGAUUCGGAGGGUUUAAGGUGGAGGAAGAGUGCCCAAGGUUUGCUGGUUGGAUGAAGAGAUGCCAGGACAGGGAGAGUGUUGCCAAGGCCCUUCCUGACCCGGAAAAGGUCUACGAGUUCGUUAUCAGGCUCAGGAAAAUGCGUGGGAUUGAAUAGGAAAAAGAUAAAUAAUACGAGGGGGAUUGAUAAAGUUCGAAUAAGUCUGUAUGGUCGGUCUGGUGGUGGAGAUACCGAAUGCUAUUAAAGCUAGCAAAGGGGUUUUGCUAGCUUUCAAUAUGACUUUGGUUUCUCAAAUAAUAAUUAAUAAUGGGGUGGUGUGGCUGGCUGGCUGCAUGGGUUGUUGUUUGGUGUUUAGUGAGUUGCAUGUUUUGUUGUUUGGACUUGGUGUGGUUGUCUUUUAUUGUUUGAUGUACGAGGAUAUCAUCUCCUUUCCCUUUGUUCUCUUUUCAUGUAUGUACGUGAUGAGAAGAUAGAGGGGAAUACUCGAAAAGAUCUACACGAGAAAAUUAAUCUUAGCUUGUAAAAUAAUAUUAA